AUGAAGGCGAUACAGAUCAAGGAAUAUGUCAAGGGGCCCGAAGAGCUCAAAGUCAUCGAUCUGCCCACUCCGACCCCAAAGCCGAACGAAUACCUCAUCGCGAUCCACGCGUCCGCAACCAAUUUCUUCGACCUCCUGCAGAUUCGAGGAAAAUACCAGCACCAGCCCGCCUUCCCAUGGAUCGCCGGCUCCGAGUUCUCCGGCGUCGUGUUGAAGGCUCCAACAUCGCUCCCAGGCGGCCGAACGCCAAAGUACAAAGCCGGAGAUAAGGUCUUUGGAGCAAGUCAGGGGGGAUAUGCAACACACGUCGUGUGUACAGAAGAGAGGCUGAAGCCAAUGCCCGAGGGGUGGAGCUUCAUGGAUGCGGCAGGACUGUUCGUGACCGGGCCUACGAGUUAUGCGGGAUUGGUCGUAAGAGCGGGCAUCAAGAAGGGUGACUGGGUCCUCGUCCACGCAGCAGCUGGUGGCGUCGGGCUAGCUGCUGUUCAGAUCGCGAAAGCCUACGGCGCAACAGUCAUCGCCACCGCCGGAACCCAGCAUAAAAUGGACGUCGCGCGCUCCUUCGGCGCCGACUACGCCAUCGACUACCGGCAAUCCGACUGGCCGGACCGCGUCAAGAAACUCACGCCCAAGGGCCGCGGCGUAGACAUCGUGUACGACCCCGUCGGGCUAGUCGCUCAAUCCAUGAAAUGCACUGCCUGGAACGGCCGGCUCCUCGUCAUCGGAUUCGCGGCAGGCGGCAUUGAGAAGAUGGCUACUAAUAGAAUCUUGUUGAAGAAUGUGAGUGUGGUGGGGCUACAUUGGGGCAUGUAUGCGACAAUGGAGCCCGAGAUGGUGGAUAAGGUUUGGGAGGGGCUAUACAAGUUGAUGGAUGAGGGGAAGUAUAGGGGCACGGUGUUUACGGAUCAGGAGUAUGUGGGGUUGGGGAGUGUGCCUGCUGCGCUGAAGGCGCUGGGUGCGAGGGAUAGCUGGGGGAAGGUGGUUGUUAAGGUGCCGCAGGAAGGGCAGAGCAAGAUUUGA